AUGGACUCAUACAACACAUACCGAGACUCCUCAGCUAGAUCCCCAUCAGAUCGGACUUGGGGCCGGGAUGAAUCGAGAACUCGUGACGAGCGGUCCGAAACAUUUUAUCGUGGUCGGUCUCCCGGCAAUGACCGAAGAGAUCGUAGACGCUCACGAUCUCCGGGGAUUGACCGGUACGAGCCCCGGUCUCGCCGAGAAGACAGAGAUAGAGAAGAUCGCCGGCGAAUAAGUUCGCCGCCAGCAAACAUUGACCGCUAUGUACCUGGGCAGGAAACCGCAUCUCCCGGUGUGACGGUCAAUCCUCUGGCCGAUCCAGCUCGCCUACCUUAUCAGGUAGGAUUCUCAUACUUUGGAGAAUGGUGGAGAAUGAACGAGAAGAUCAAGGAUGAUAAGGAGCGGGCCCGGACUGGUCGCAGACGUGAACCAGAAAGACCGCGUGGUGCUCGCGAGUCGCAGGAGGAGCGCGAAAAGGAAAAGGCCAAAAUUCAAGCUGCAUACGACACUUACAAGGAAGAGUUACAAGCAAAGAUGGCCCGUUCCUUUGUUUCGGAGCACAAAAAGGAGCAGUGGUUCAGGGAGAGAUAUGUUCCAGAGAUCCGGGACGAGCUUCGCGGCAAACUCAACGAAAUUCGGCGUGGCGCCUACAGCCAGUGGGAGCAGGAUCUCGAGACAGGGACCUUUGACGAGUUUUCGUUGGAAGGUCUGCCCAAGGCCGAUAGCAACGGAUCCGGUGGUGUGGUUGAAAAGGAGGAGGGCGAAGCCACCGCGAGCAACGAGAUUCUGGGCGUCGGCGAUCUCCUCCCCGCCAACGGGGCUGAUAUACGCGAUGAGAAUCAAUUUCAACCCACUCUACUGAUUAAGACAAUUGCCCCUCAUGUCAGUCGGGCAAACUUGGAGUCCUUUUGCAAAGAAAAUCUCGGCGAGGAAGAAGGGGGCUUCAAGUGGCUGUCGCUUUCUGACCCAAAUCCGAGCAAGCGAUAUCAUCGUAUCGGCUGGGUGAUGCUGCACCCAUCCUCCGAGACGUCUCUUCCCACAGAUCGGACCGAUCCAAAGGAUGACGACGCUGAUGUGGACAUGGCUACUCUGCAGCCGGUGUCAACUGCGGAAAAGGCACUCGAGGCAGUCAAUGGCAAGACUGUCAAGGAUGAAGUGCGAGGUGACUUCGUAUGCCAUGUUGGCGUUCACAAUCCUCCCAACAAUCCAAGGAAAAAGGCAUUGUGGGAUCUGUUUUCAGCCCCCGAGCGUAUUGAGAGAGACCUGCUGCUAGUCCAGCGCCUGGUCAACAAAUUCGAAGAGGACUUUGGCUCAGACUUCCAGGCCAUUCUCAAGAUAGAGGAAAAGGUGGACGACCUGCGCAACGCCGGUCGACUUCAACCAGCCGUCCCCCCCACGCCUGCUAAGAAGGUCAAGAAGCAACGCGAAAUUGUUCUAGAUGAGGCAAUGGAUGAUGAAGAUGGCAUGAUAGAGGAGGAGGAAGAGGAGGAAGAUGGUGUCGUUGACGACGAGGCUGACGAUGAAGAUAUGCUCGUCAAGAAGAAGCAAUUGGAUCUCUUGAUUGAAUAUCUGCGUCGGGUGUUCAACUUUUGCUUCUUCUGCGUCUUUGAGAGCGACUCCGUUCACGAGCUGACCCGAAAGUGUCCAGGCGGUCACCUUCGUCGGCCCAGAAGUACCUUGUCUUCGUCUGCACGAUCUGUAGCUCGUGCAAGCGCCAACGGCGAGCCGUUUCCCGAGAAGAAGAAGAUGGCUGAUGUAGAAGAACCCGAUGCCGAGCCUGCAGAGGGCGAUAAAAAGUUCCGCAACACGUCAAACAAGACGGAGCAGCAACUACUCCGGGCGUACAACUGGGUCAAGACUUUUGAGGACAAGAUUAUGCAAAUCUUGGAGCCGCAAACAGUCGACAUUCGCAAACUUGGCGGGCGAUCAGUUGACGAGGCACUGGAGGAAGAACUGUCCAAAUACGUCAAGCAAGAGGACGAGCACAAGUGGCGCUGCAAAGCGCCUGAUUGCACCAAACUUUUCAAAGAGGAACACUUUUGGAGAAAGCAUGUUGAGAAAAGACACACUGAGUUCCUGGAAAGCAUGAAGCAAGAGUUUGAGCUCAUUAACGCCUAUGUUAUGGAUCCGGCACACAUUGCACCUUCUAGGACUGAUGCCAACUCCAACGGACACUUCCCGCCUGCCAACGGGCAGAACGCCACCGGAACUCCUCGCGGCUUCAAUUUGCAAAACUUUUCAAUAAACGGCAUGAUGGGUAUGCCCGGGUUUCCCAUGGCCGGAGGCAACUUCCCACCCUUGUUUGCCGGUAUGCAGGCAGGCAGCUGGAACCCAAUGAACGAUGACCGCUCCGGGAGUGGACCAAUCCGUCGUGGUGGUAUGGGCAAUCGGGGACAGUAUCGCACGGGCCCGUAUGAACGCCGCGGCAAUAGGUUCGAUGGUGCCCGAAACCGUGCCGGCGGAUCACGGUGGGGAGACGGUGCUGGUGGCGCGGCAGGCGGUCCUCGUGAGGCCGUACAGGGGCGUAGCUUAAAGAGCUACGAAGACCUUGAUCAGGUCUCUGGGGGUGGCGGAAGUGAGCUCAACUAUUGA